AAAUACCCGGAUAUAUAUUUGCCCCACCCUUUAAAUGUAAAUGUAGGGCUUUUAUUUGAUAGUACAGUAUACGUUACAGCUCGAUUGUGACGUCACGAAGGACGCAACCAUUGUCUGUACUUCUGUUUUUGUGUUCCUGUCUGGACUUUGCGUCCAUUCAUUUUCAAGUUAAGAGAUGAUUUAAAAGAUAGUUUUAAUCAUGACGCUGGGCGCGGAUUAGCGUGUGUAGAUCGUUUCUUUCCACGGGUAUUACACAACAAAUCAUGAAGCUGCUUCACAGAGACAUUGAAAAAGACAACACCGGUCAGGUGACACUAAUGCCAGAGGAAGCAGAAGACAUGUGGCACACCUACAACCUGCUGCAAGAGGGGGACAGCUUGAGGGCCUCCACCAUAAGAAAAGUACAGACAGAAUCCACCACCGGAAGCGUGGGUAGCUCCAGAGUUCGAACGACUUUAACUUUAUGUGUGGAGACGAUCGACUUCGACACGCAGGCCUGCCAGCUGAGAGUCAAGGGGACCAACAUUGAGGAGAACCAGUAUGUCAAGAUGGGGGCGUACCACACGAUUGAGCUGGAGCUCAAUAGGAAGUUCACCCUUGCUAAAAAGAGCUGGGACAGUGUCAUCUUAGCCAGAAUUGAUGAAGCAUGCGACGUGACGCAGAAGGCAGACGUGGCAGCGGUGGUGAUGCAGGAAGGUCUCGCCAACCUUGUGCUGGUGACGGCCGCCAUGACGCUGCUGCGUGCUAAAGUGGAGCUCACCAUUCCUCGCAAGAGAAGAGGAAGCUGCACGCAGCAUGAGAAGGCUCUGGAGAGGUUCUACGAAGCUGUCAUGCAGGCUAUUUUACGUCACAUUAAUUUUGAUGUGGUCAAGUGCAUCCUUGUGGCCAGUCCUGGCUUUGUGAAGGACCAGUUCAUGACGUACCUUUUUAAAGAGGCAGUGCGACAAGACAACAAGGUGCUACUGGAGAACCGACCCAAAUUCAUGCUGGUCCACGCAUCCUCUGGUCACAAGUACUCACUCAAAGAAAUCCUGUCGGACCCCACAGUAACAAGCAGACUGUCUGAUACCAAGGCCGCAGGAGAGGUGAAAGCCCUGGAGGACUUCUACAAGAUGCUCCAACAUGAGCCUGACAGAGCUUUCUAUGGGCUGGUUCAUGUUGAGAAGGCUGCAGAUGCCCUCGCUGUCGACACUUUAAUGAUCAGUGAUAAGCUGUUCAGGCAUCAGGACGUCCCUACGAGGGCUCGCUACGUCCGCUUGGUGGACAAAGUAAGAGACAACGGUGGCAACGUCAGAAUAUUCUCCAGCCUUCACGUCUCUGGUGAACAACUGACUCAGCUGAGCGGUGUGGCGGCCAUCUUGCGCUUCCCAAUUGCCGACCUUUCAGAGGGAGAAGACAGCAGCUCAGAUGAAGAUUGAUCAUAGAAAUAUUACUCAUUAAAAGAGAAAAACUCUGUUGGCUGUGUAUUGUAAUACUGGUGAAAUUCCCCUGUUGAGGUUUUUGUUGGGAAAACAUUUUAGAAUUGUCAUUUAUUCCUUACAUGAGCCUAAACUCACAGAGCUACACAGUGACAGUUCUUUCUCAUGACCAAAAAUGUCCCAUGUUUUUGAUCACAUUUAUCUCAAAGUAAUCCAAUUCUUGUAUGAUUUCAAUUUGGACUACUGGGUUUCUAGUUGUUGAGAGGGCACUUUUCCCCCCCCGUUCAAGGCAUGCUGCAAGAUGUCAUGCCGUUUACAGUUUGCUGCAUGGAGGCCUUGCUACUGAAAUAGAAUUAUGGGAAGAGUUAUGUUGCUGGCAAUCAAACUCAGGGAUUAAUAUGCAUUUUAUGGAAAUUAGGUUUUAAAUAAUUGAUUAGUUUAAAAGUUUAUAAGGAUUAAAGCGUAAAAUAAGCCAACGCCCCACUGGAAUCAGAUGUAAAAAUAUAGAAUUUAUUAUGCUAUUUAAAAUAACUUUCACACUUUUAAUGGCAAAAAAUUAAGCAGCAUUUUCCACAUUUGAGAUGCAGAUUUAACACUGAGUUGUCCCUUCGUGCCACCGGGCAAAGUGCAUUUUAAUAAACUGUCUCCAUUUAAUUCAUUUAAUCCUAAAAACUAUCAGACUCGCUGAGUAGGACACUGGUAGUUCUUAACCCAGGUUAGAUCCUCCAGAGUACCCCAGUGCAGGUAAAUGAUACUGCAAAUAACCAUGACAUGCAUGAUCUGGUGGCUGUUUCCCCAGUUGUCAAACAGGCCUGGGCUGAAGCGCUCCGGUAUCUGGAUCACGUUCACUAGACCCCCCAGCACAGCCAGAGAGUCCAUGAUGACAAAGAGCCGCAGAGAGUUGGGGCUGCCCACCCCACUGCCAUAGACCCGGAACAGGAAGAGGCUGAAGCGGAAUAGGACCUGCCACACGAAGGCCCGCAGGCGCAGGAUGUUGGUGCGGGCGGUUGUGGCACAGUAGAUGCUGUAGGCUGACAGGAAGAUGUAGGCCAGCAUGGCGACCUGCUGCACGGUGGGGAAGCAGAGGAGCGUGAUGUGGAUGAUUGGGAGAGCACCUAGUGACAAAAAUAAAUUUUCGUCAUAAAUUGCAUAUGUCAGUUAUUAGAAUGAAAGUAUGCCUGCCGCCCCCCGCCCCAUUGGCUGCGAGUAGCAUAAGGCAUGACAUCAAUUAGUCGCAUUUUCUACACGACCAUUUUCAUGAGACUUAAAACCCAUAGAAGUUUGGGUGGGGGUGGGGGGAGAAAAAGAAACUAACAAUUUUUGUUGCAAUGGCUGACUAAGACGUUUUUUGUUCCUAUUCCAAUUCCAAAAUGUGAAUUGAUUAAAAUCUGAUAUUUUGUCAUUUAUAGUGGCUGACAGGAGGUUUAUGGCAAAUCAAUUCUAAUUAAAAAGGUGGACUCAGGUAGAUUACAUUUUGCCCAUGUUAAGUUAGUAAAAUGUAAAAAUUAUUCUAAUCAAAAUGUGAAUUGAUAUAUGUCAAUGUUAGAGUUUUACGCCAAAAUUAAAAUUAAAUGUAAAUUGACUAAGUUUUGUCAAUUGAUUUUUCUUUAUUAGC